UGCGUAAAUAUGCAUGUUUGAUUCCUCCACAAUAAAAGCCUCCUCCCUGUCACACUGCGGCGUGUCGUGAUGCGUUCACUGUUAGGGAACGGCCCACCUGCGGCUCACCUGCCAGCCCGUCCCGUGCGUACAUCAGGGUCCCGGAGUUAGCAGCCCCUUCUCCUCCUCUGGAGCUCCGAUAAGAUGGCGGAUUAACGAGUUGACGUUUAUUUCACCGACGCUGCAGUGACGGUUAGUCCCCGCGGAGGGGUGCGGGAUCAGAUGCGGGAUAUUUACGGUUUUCCGGCUGAGGUUUUCCGGUGGUGACGCCGGCCGAAGGCUAACUUCAGCUCUCUGCUGCGGCAUCUCGGCCGAAGCCGCCCCGCACGUCCUCUGACCGCAAAACCGCAGGGGCAGGAUCCCGGUUUUGACACCGACCCGGGUUUAUCUGGGGUUUUAUUGGUUCUAACUGUCAGGUGGGUGCACCGAGGACUAAAGGGGCCCUUUUUGGAUAAUUCGGCCGCAGGUAUACCUCUGAGUGAUGCGUACUGCGGGACUCUGAUCCCGGAGAGUCUAACUGUAGAAUCACAUUACAAUCGCCUUUUUUCUUUGAAGAUAAAUCGGUUUAUUUUGGAUCAUCUCAUUCUAAGCUUGAAGUGGGUAGAUUCAGGACUAACGGGGACCUUUGUGGAUAAUUCGGCUACAGGUAAAAUCCUCCUGGGCUAUGGAGACAUGAGAUACGGGCCGGACCAGGACCCCGACCCGAGAGAAGCGGAGCCUGCAGCGGAGCCUAGCAUCAGGAAAAUCAGUUUUUAGUCUCCAUCCGGCUUAUUCGGGAUUUUUUUCAGCCGCAGAUUUUGAGCCGCAUGUCCCGGACCACGGGGGGUCUCUGAGGAUCAUCCGGAACCAUGGGGACGCAGGGACCGGGCCGGAAGAGGAUCCCGAACCGGGAGAAGCUGACCGGAGAGGACGAUACUCUGAACCAGAUCGCCCGGGAGGCAGAGGCGCGGCUGGCAGCUAAGCGGGCCGCGAGAGCCGAGGCCCGAGAAAUCCGCAUGAAGGAGCUGGAGCGACAGAAAGAGAUCUCUGACGAUGAGGAAAGGAUGUCAGUGGGGAGUCGAGGCAGCCUCAGGCCUUCGGACUACAGCGGGUUUCUGGGUUCUGGUUCUCGGGCCUCUUCCAGGGCCAGUUCAGCUCGGGCAAGCCCAGUGGUGGAGGAGAGGACAGACAAGGAGUUCCCAGAUAAAGGCUCUAGGACGGCGUCGACGCUGUCAGCAGCCACUCUGGCCUCGCUGGGUGGAGCCUCAUCUCGCAGAGGAAGCUGUGACACGUCGUUCUCCGUAGAAACCGAAGCGUCCAUCAGAGAGAUGAAGGACUCUCUGGCGGAGACGGAGGAGAAGUACCGUAAAGCGAUGGUUUCUAACGCUCAACUGCACAAUGAGAAGUCGACUCUGAUGUAUCAGGUGGAGACGCUGAGGGAGGAGCUCAACGACAUGGAGGAGCUGCUGUGGGAGACGCGGCGCCGCUGCGACGAUGCACACAAGGAGUGGGAGCGUGAGCGUCAUGCUCACAGCUUACUGCAGUUUCACUUCAAAGACAUGAAAGAAACUCUGAGACAGACUGAGGAGCUGCUCACGGAAGUGACUGACCUGCGUUUGAAGAGCAGCAGUUACUGUCAGGAAGUUUCUGACCUGCAGGAAGCGCUGCAGUGGAAAGACAAAAAAAUCGGGGCGUUGGAACGGCACAGAGAAAUCUCGGACAUUGUUUGCAUUGAGCGUGACCGGCUCAGAGACGAGGUGGUUCGACUGCGAGAUUUACUAAAGAAAAACGGGGUGGCCAUCUCUCCUGACAUUACCACCAAUGGGGAUGCAGAACUCGGUGGGAACGAGGACGAUAUAAGUGCAGAAUCUGCCUCUCGACUGGCUCAGGAGUCUCCUCAAGGUGGCAGAGAGAGCAUGCUUGGAAAAACUAAAGAGUGGGAGAGAAAAGAAGGCAACAGACCACCUGAGAACAACAAGAAAAACUACCUCUGGAAGGUUCUUAAACGGUCAAAGUCAUUAAAUGACAUUUCCACCAUCAGCAAAAGCAAGUCGAUCAAACAGCCCAUAGAAAGACGAAACACAGCUGACAAACAUCUAGGAGGAAACAAGGCUGCAAGAACCAAGCAACCAAGACCCAAGAGAAUCAAGAAAAUACAGAGCAGGCAACAUGGGUGUCUUCUGCAUAGAAAGAAAGGAGCCAAAGUACGUAUGAAUAAAGAAAGGCCAGGGGCUGCUUGUAAGAUAUAUGAACCAAAAAUUGCAACCAAAGCUAAAAAUGAAUUUGGGCUGGUUUCAACAGCACCAGCAAACCAGGAUCCAACAGAAGAGACACACUCCUUUAGUGAACAGAUCAGCAAAAUUCAGGAAAAUUCAGAAAAAUGCCCCAAGGUUGUUUCACCUGUUCUCAAAUCAAAACUUUUUCAUCAUCCUACUGAACAUGUCAUUCAGGAUAGCAAAGUGGUCCUGCUUAGUGUAUCAAGUCAAAAGUGUGAUAUUUCUGGUAGUCUGGAAGAGAUUCAGGUGGAUAAAGACACAUUUCACGAAAGAGCUCGAUCACCCAAAGAACUUAAAGACCAGAGGAUUCAUGAACCAGCUAGACAAAGUUCCUCCGAAUGUGCAGAACGUAACAUUCAAACAUCAACAUCAUUUGCCCCGCUGGACAUCUGUGCUGGUUUGGAAAAGAUGACUCAAAAUAUCCACCAAGGAUUUGCUGGAAAUCAAGUUUUUGUAGUUGAAAUCUCGCAAAUCUUCUCAGAAAUCCUGGGAUCUCUUCAAAAGUGGACUUCAGAUGUGGAAAAUAUAUUAAAGAACAAGCCUAGUCAGCACAACAAAGAGCAAACUGGCCACAUGAUGGAUCCUGCACUUAAUAAACAUGUGGCAAAACGUCUGACCCGACCUUUAGGCCUACUGAGAGACCAUUCAGCUUCAAGGAUGUUGGAAGUAGCCUCCACAAGUAAACUGUAUGCAGAUACUCUGGGUCCUAUGAAUGCUGACCAAAAGGCACAAAGGAUCAUGUCUAAAACCCAUGAGAUGGAAGUGGUAGAAUUGUUUGUAGGAAAUCCUGCUGAUAUAGAUGAAACAACUGUAACAAGCUGCUCGGAGCCUUUUGUUUUUAUCGACUCCUACUUCACUAAACCUCAAGAGGCCACAGGAAAGGUGUCUGGGUCAAAUCUGGGUUCGUCAACAAGUUCAAAGAGAUUCAAGAGUCAAAGCUGUCACGUAGUAGCUGCCAAAAAUUCAAAGGAGUUGGCUGGAGACACUGACAGUUGUGAGGAGAUCAACGAGGAGCGGGAUGACCAGCAGAUGGAGAUGGAGACUCUUGCUGAAGAUGGAAAGUUUAUUUCUGUGGCGACUAGCAUGAAAUACGGCAGAAGACAAAGAGAGUCAUGUUCAGACUGCAGGAAAAAUAAAAAAUCUGAGUGCAGCAUUUCUUAAAAUCACAAGAAUGAAGGAAAUGAUGAUUUAGUAGUCACAGUGUUGGAGCUUUAGAUUCUAAAUUAUUAGACUGAAAUAUCAAUGAAGCAUCAGUACUGUUAUCAGUACUUAAGUAUUUGAACUGAUCAAAUAAAUAAAGUGAAUAUUUAAUUCAUUCACCUAUAAAUCUGUUCUUUACUGACAUGUUUUUAUAAGCUGACUGCUUGAAAAUUGUUUUCUUGACAGUUAAUUGCAACACUGUGCAAGGGUAAGCAGCUGUAAACUUUAACUGCCUGACUUAGAAGUGAUGUUUCAAAAUAUGUAAUCAGUCUCCUUCUAUCAUUUGAGGAAAUUUUACCAGUUAGAUAUGUUAAUAAUGGUAAUUAUGUGUGUGUGUGUGUGUGUGUGUGUGUGUGUGUGUGUGUGUGUGUGUCAAAUUGUGGGAAAUAAUUCGGUGUACCAUUCAGGUCUUAUUUUUGUGAGUAAACUUGUUUUGUUUUGUUUUUUGUCCUAAUAAAAUGAAUUUGGAAUCAAAACAAUUACAUGAAAUCAAUUCUUUAUUUCUGUUAAAUGGGUUGAUGGUAUUUUUUCAGAUUAAUAAAACGCACUUGUUUGAAAAGAAUAUUUGUCUGUAUUUUACAUUUGACAUUUUCCAUAAUGAAUAAAUUAAAAGUUUUAUUAAGUAAUUUUUGACUUGAGGAAGCAGAAAGGCUUCAAAUUGGUGCCCAGUACACUUAAAGAACUUAAAGAACUGAUAACUUCAGAGUUAGAGUUUUAGAUUAGUUUUUCAAGGAUCUACAUUGGGUCCUUUUAUAUUUUCUAUCAUGUUUCAGCUGCUCAGACACAACACAUGCAAAGUGUGUUUGAAAAACCACAACUAGUCAAAGGACUUUACUUAAUGGAGCUUUCAACUUCCAUGUACAGGAUUUAUUAUUAUUCUCACAUAAUGCAUCACUCAUAAUGUUCUCAGGAAGGAUCGGCACAGAUCUUUUCCAACACGAUUAAAGGGGCACUGUACUCACAAUCAAUAAAGCUAUAAUGAAAGGCAGAUGU